UUUGAUAGUAUUGAGGAUUGAUUGUUAAUUAUUACAACCAAAUUAUUAUCAGUUCUAUUUUUAAUUAAUUAUUCGUCACUCGUAUUAACUCAUACACUUCAAACAUUUCUCGAUAGUCUGAAAUAUAGUAUAUAAAUACUUUUUUUUACAUUUAAUCAUAUAUUAAUUAGACAUUUACUUAAAAAAAAAUUAUUCAUUCGAAAUCUAAAUAUCUUAUUAUUUAGUUCAUUUUCUACGAAUAAAAUGAAUGAAUUAAGAUUUGAUGGACGAGUUGUAAUUGUUACAGGUGCUGGAGCAGGUUUAGGUAGAGCAUAUGCAUUAUUAUUUGCCAAACGAGGAGCAUCUGUUGUUGUGAAUGAUCUUGGUGGUAGUCGAUCAGGUGAUGGAAGUAGUACUAAAGCUGCUGAUACAGUUGUAUCUGAAAUUAUUGUUAAUGGCGGCAAAGCUGUACCUGAUUAUAAUUCUGUAGUUGAUGGUGAUAAAUUAGUGCAAACAGCGCUCGAUAAUUAUGGACGUAUUGAUGUUAUUGUAAACAAUGCGGGAAUUUUGAGGGAUAAGUCAUUUGCUCGAAUAAGUGAUUCAGAUUGGAAUUUGGUUCAUGAUGUUCAUCUGAAAGGUGCAUUUAAAGUUACUCAAGCUGCAUGGCCCCAUUUCCGUAAACAAAAUUAUGGUCGAGUUAUUUUCACUAGUUCUAAUUCUGGUCUUUAUGGAAAUUUUGGACAGGCCAAUUAUUCAGCUGCAAAAUUGGGCUUAGUUGGUCUAUGUAAUACAAUUUCAAUUGAAGGUCGUAAAAAUAAUAUAAAUUGCAAUGUUAUUGUACCAACAGCAGCUUCUCGCCUUACUGAAGAUAUAUUACCCCCAGAUUUUUUUGCUGAGUUAAAACCUGAACUUAUAGCACCGGUUGUUGUAUGGCUUUGCCAUGAAGACUGUACAGAAAAUGGAUCUAUUAUUGAAUCAGCAGCAGGAUGGGCUACAAAAUGUCAUUUGGUUAGAGGAAAAGGAUCUUUGUUGAGACAUAGAAUUACAGAUACAGUAUUUCCAGAAAAUGUUCGAGAUGUCUGGUGUCAAUUGACUGAUAUGUCCCAGGCUACAAGAUUAGAAUCUAUUGAAGAGGCUUCUUCGACUCUAUUAACUGUAUUAGAUAAUAUUAAAUUUGGCUCUCAACAAUCAAUGGAUGAUACAAAUAGUGUAUUUUGUUUUACAAAUAGAGACUCUAUAUUGUAUGCAAUUGGUGUUGGGGCUUCUGUAAGAGAAGAAAGUGACUUAAAAUACUUAUAUGAAUCACAUGAAGAUUUUUCAGUAUUACCUUCAUAUGCAAUUUUGCCAAGCUUAAUGGCUACAAUGAGUAGUGAUAUUGUGACAAAUGCAAUACCUGGUAAAGAAUUUGAUUUAUCACAGGUAUUACAUGGUGAACAAUAUUUAGAGCUCCAUAAACCUAUGCCUGUAGAUGGAAAGUUGGUAUCUAAAAUAAAUAUUUCUGAUGUUUUAGAUAAAGGCAAAAAUGCAGUUAUUGUUGUUGACGGAAAAACAUAUGAUGAAUUUGGGGAAUUAAUUGCAACAACUCAAAUAUGUACAUUUGUAUUAUCAGCUGGUGGUUUUGGUGGUAAACGUGCUUCAUCAGUAAUUGUACCAGUGGUUGAUGAACCUAAUCGAAUACCAGAUUCCACAGUUGUUGAAAAAACUUCUGUCGAUCAAGCAGCAAUUUAUAGAUUAUCUGGCGAUUUAAAUCCAUUACACAUAGAUCCAUCUUUUGCAACUGUUGCUGGCUAUCAACAACCUAUUUUACAUGGAUUAGCUACUUUAGGAGUAUCAGUUCGACAUAUAUUAAAACAAUAUGCUAAUAAUGAUCCAAAACAAUUUAAAGCACUGAAGGUAAGAUUCAGUAAACCAGUUAUACCAGGUCAAACAUUGUGUACAUCAAUGUGGAGGGAAGGGAACCGUAUUCAUUUCAUUACAACUGUUAAAGAAACUAACAAUAUUGUUCUCUCAGGCGCUUACAUGGAAUUACACAAAGUUAAUAUUCCAUCUGAAGCACACCUAGUGUUAUGUGCUGAUACUAGAGAUGAGGUACUUAGUGAUGCAGUAUUUCAAGGAAUGCAAGAACGUAUAGAUUUGAAUCCUAGUUUAGUUAAAACUAUUAAUGGUAUAUUCUUGUAUUACAUUACAAAAGAUGGAAAAACUGUCAGAUCUUGGACUGCUGAUCUAAAAAAAGGAAAAAUAUACAAAGGAGAACCCGAAAAAGGAGUUAAAGCAGAUACAACAUUAACCAUUGAUGAUACAGAUAUGAUUGAUUUGGCUCUUGGAAAAUUAAAUCCUCAAAUGGCAUUUAUGAAAGGAAAAUUAAAAGUAAAGGGAAAUAUCAUGUUAGCUCAAAAACUAAAAGCUCUAAAUACUGAAGCAAAAUUGUAAAUAUUAUGAUUGUUAAAAAAAUUAUUGUGAUUUAUCGGAUCAAAUUAAAUUGAGGGUUAAGGUAUCUGGUUUUAGUUACAUGAAUUAUUAAUGUUAUUAUGACUUAUUUAUACUUUUUAUAAUAUUUUUAAGUUUUUGUUAUUAUUUAUAUAUAUGUAUGGGAUAUUUUGUAAUAAACAUGUGCUAUGUAAUAA